AGCAGCAGCAGCAGCGCCCCAGCAGAAGCAGCAGCAGCACAAGCAACCACAUCAAAUUUAUUAAAAGCAGCGUUUUUUCAAUAUGCAAAACGAAUCUCAUUGCAACAAUCUGUAGCUGUGCGCAGAGCGAGGUGGCGUUUCAUUUGUUUGCUGCGCCUUGCCGUUGUCAUGCAUUUUGUCACACAACAGCGCCAGCAACAACAACAACAACAACAGCAACAACAAGCACAGCAAAAAUCAACAGCAACAACAACAACAACAACACGCUUUGUGUCCCUCUGCAAAUCUUCCAGCCAAGGCGCUCUGCCCAAAAGCUUGGCCACCGCGCAAAGUCUGCUCAGGCAAUCCUCACAACAACAACAACAACAACAGAGGCAUAAACGCGCCGCUAGCCUCAAUUUGCACGCCACGCCCAUGAUUAAAGAUAUUGAAAUAAACACAACAGCAGCAGCAACAACAGCAACAACAACAACAGCUGCAGCUGCUGCAGCAGUAGAAGCAAUUGCUACUGCUGCGAGCAGCAUUGAGCCUACCCAUGCCACAAACAUGAUUUGUGAUGCAAAAGAAGAACAGCAACAGCAACAACAACAACAACAACAACAACUGCAGCAGCAACAGCAGCAACCUGAACUGCAGCAGCAGCAAUCACUGGAACAGCAGCAGCAGCAGCAGCUGGAAGCUGAGCAGGAUGAUAAAUGUACACAAAGUAUCAAUAAUGGCGACAGGCGCGAUUCGAUCAGCGAUGACAUCACAAUCAACAGCAGCGCGUUAAACAGCAAGCUAUUGACCAUACAGGAGGCCGCCGGCACCAUCGAGCGCAGCAGCAUUUCGCUAGCCACAACCCUGACUACGGCACAGACAACUUCCGUUUCCGUUUGCGCAGCAUCCGUCAUCUGUCAUGAGGCGCUCAGCAGCGUCGGCGGCGGCGGCGCCAGCAUCGGCAGCAGCAGCAGCAGCAACAGCGGCAGCCAUCACAACGUAGCGCCCGGCAGCAGCAUACACAGCAGCCCACAGGCCAACACGCCCAGCAUUAGCAUCGCCCCAGCCGAGUCCAAGGAGCAGCAACAGUCGCAGUCGCAGCCGACGCAGUCGCAUAGCGUUGAUUCGAAUGGUCAGCCGAGCGGCUCCUGCACGGACAGUCCCAGCAGUCGCAAGAGCUCAACUAGCUCCAAGGGCAAGCCAGCCAAGUUAUCCACAUCGAGCAGUGGACGCGAUGAGGAUGCACAGGGCAAACUAAGCGAAUCCGCGAGCACCGACAGCGUUCUAUUACGCGGAGAUACCAACAGCACCACAUCUAAUGAGAAGCCCAGCAAGGGCACUUCCCGACUCUCCGAGCGCGCCAAGAAGAAGUCCUGGUACAACGUCAUCUAUCCGAAUUAUAAAUCACGCGCCGAGGACUUCAAGAAACUGUUUAAAGAUGUGCCCAACGAUGAGCGUCUAAUUGUGGACUACUCGUGCGCGCUGCAACGGGAUAUAUUGGUGCAGGGUCGUUUGUACGUGUCACAGAACUACGUGUGUUUCCAUGCGAACAUAUUUAGCUGGGAAACGUAUGUGAGCAUCAAAUGGAAGGAUGUGACAGCAAUUACGAAGGAGAAAACUGCGCUCGUGAUACCGAAUGCAAUAACAAUAUCCACCGCCAGGGAGAAGUACUUUUUUGCGACAUUCGCGUCGCGUGACAAGUCGUAUUUGAUGCUCUUUCGUGUCUGGCAGAACACAUUGUUGAACAAACAGUUCUCACAGCAGGAGAUCUGGCGUUACGUGCACAAUUGCUACGGCGAUGAAUUGGGCCUGACCACAGACGAUGAGGAUUAUAUAGAUCCCACGCUGGACGCGGCCGAUACAGAAACCGAUGGUGACUUUCAAACGGCCCUUGACGAUCUCGGUGGCGAUCAGAGCAAUUCCAGUCAGUGCACCAACAAUUCGGGCCAGCAGCAGCAGCCGCAGCAACAGAGCGGCAACAGCAGCGCCAGCAGCGGCGGCGGCAGCGCAGCAGCAGUACGCAAAUCGAAGACGAAAUAUUUCUUCAACUCAAGCAAAUCGUCAAAUUUAAACUCAUCGGCCAACGCAUCGGCCAGUGGCUCGGAUAAUAAAGCUAGCGACAAUACGCGUAAGUCAAAUAAGAAAAUGAAGGCCAAUGCCAAAGAGCUGACACUCAGCUCCGUCAAGGCAACGGAGCAAUCGGUGGCCGUCACACUCAGCGUGCCCAGCACCAACAGCGGCCCCACCACCAACACCAACACCAACACCACCAAUACCAACACCACCAGCAGCAGCACCACAGCCACCGCCACCACCAGCAGCAGCAGCAACAACAACAGCAGCGGCAACAGCAGCUCAGCGAUGGCCACCACAACGGCAACAACCACCAUAGCCAGUGGUGGGAUUGUCGGUGGUGCUGGCGGCGACAGAAGAGCCGAAAAGAUCAGCAGCAAUGCGGCAACCGCAACUGCAGCCGAACCCCAGAGUCAUGGCUCCGAUGUCAAGCGCAAAGUGGGCAAAAAUCAGCGACAACGCGAUGAUUUGGCGGCCAAAAAUGCCGAGGCUGGGCCCACAGAUGUCUCGGACUCUUCCGAUUCCGAGGAGAACAAUGUGCCCUUUGUGCCUAGUACGGAGUGCACAUCGACGCACGAGGGUCGCCAAAUAGUGCACACAAUUCUGCCCAUACGCGUGGAUACUCUGUUCAAUUUUCUGUUCUCAAAGUCGAAAUUCCUAACGGACUUCCACGAGCUGCGCAAAUCGACCGAUCUGUCCAUGGGCGAGUGGCAUAAAAAUGAUGAGGGCCAGAAUGUGCGGCUGGUAAACGUGACCGUGCAACUGGCCGCCUCGGUGGGCCCAAAAACCUCAAAGGUCACCGAAUAUCAAACGAUGCGCGAGUGCAGCAAGCCGGGUGAACUCUAUUCGAUAGACGUGAACAGCGUCAACGCGGGCAUACCCUAUGCGGACAGUUUCAGUGUGCUCAUACACUUCUGUUUGGCGCGCACUGUGGAUGAUCAUACGAUGUUGUCGGUGCAUGCGCAAAUCAAAUAUAAAAAGUCCAUUUGGGGCGUUGUCAAGGGCUUCAUUGAGAAGAAUACGUGGGCGGGCCUGGAGGAUUUCUUUGGUGCACAGCUGCAUGCGCUGCAGAGCGAGACCUGCAUACCGCCGGCCAAGGGCAAGGGCAGGCGUCCCAGACGUGGUACCUCCACCCAAGCGCGCCCCAUGGAGGAAGCAGCCGGCGGCGCCGCACAGAGUGGCCUGGCCGAAUCGCUAGACAAUUGGGAGACAAAAAUGUUGUCCGCUGGCGGCGUUGGCGCUGGCACUGCGGCUGGCCUACUGGCACAUGGCGCUGCUGGUGGCGGCGGCGGGGCCGGCAGUCGACAGCAGCAGCUGUUGCUGGCCGCGCAGCAGCAGCAGCAACAGUUGCUGGCGGGCGGCCAUCAGCUGGGCCAGGGCCAGGACAGAUUCAGACACAGAGGCCUGUCGCUGUUCGUUAUAUUGUUAAUGUGCUUGCUGCUGGCAUUAAAUGUGAUAUUAUUACUUAAGCUCUGGAAGCUGGAGGAACACAUUGACGUCGAUCUCAGCCGGCGCGCCCGCUUGCCCAGUUUGGCAGCCCUCAAAGAACUACCCAAUACGAAUCAAGAUUGGCUGGAAUUGUUGCGCCAGCAGGAGCUGUCGCACGAAUCUGAGCUACGCAAAUGGCAUCAGGUGCUCCAAACGGCCAUUGAGCUGCUGAAAAAGGUGAGCAUCGUUUGCGAAAAGUUCUACAACGAUGCAGAGCUGCGUCAGAGCAUUGAGUCUAUGCAUACGGAAUUUUAAGCAGCACAACAACAAAUAGGCCCAGGCCAAGCAAAAUGCAAAAUGCAAAAUUAAAUACUGAAAAGACUUUGGCUGAAGUCAUGAUACCCUAGGCAGCCCUUUCAGCACAAGAACCCACAACUCACAAGCCAAAAAC